AUGGGACAGCAGGGAUCGAAGGGUAGGCCGGCUCUUCGGACGGAUUUUGUCAGAGACUCGGCGAAAAUGCGACUCGGCAGUUUCAAGCGAGGUACGAUCGUAUAAAUAAAAGGUACCCAGGGACCAUUCUUAAAACUUUGCCUUUGUUCCUAGAUACUAAUCCAUCUAUCCACGAUGGAAAUUAAUAAUCUCCUUUUAGUUGAUCCUUUAAUACCGAGCUAUAGAAAAAGAAAGGAAGAAGGAUAUCCGCGAGUAAUCCAGCUACUGUCAUUUUCUUUCUGAUUCAUUUGACGCUAGAAAGUUUAGGCGACCAGACUGAUUCCGUUGCAUAGGCAAUUGAAAAGGUAGAUGGGUCGAGCCGUUUCUCUUGAGCGGGUCUAAAUCGUUACGGACAAGGAUCAAAGGUACCCUACUUACACACCUUGUCCCGUGAUUUCUCUUUUACACUGGCCAUCGAUCACUGUUAUUUCGAGGACUCUUUCAGAAAGUAGUUCGCCCCGUUAUAUCACACCCAUUCGCUGGUGAAACACGACUGAUUGAUGGUAUUUCAUAAGUAUAAGGAAUAUGCUGGAAUAUCUGUUACAAUUGCAAUUGAACAGAUCGUAUCGUGAAAUAGUAUCGAAAGAAUAACGAAUGAAUUUCCUGGUUUUUAAAAUGGUAAUAGUUUCCUAUACUAAAGAUGUAUUAUUUCGUAAUUGCUGUUUGAGUUACAGUUAAUAUCGUAUAAAUACAGUAGAACGCCGUUUACAUGGAUUGCAUUUACUUGAAUUAAAUUUCAACCAAUAUUCAAUUAACAGUUCGAGGCUCCUAGGACCAAAAAAAAAAAAAAAAUGACCCUGCAUGAUUGCGUAUGAUAAAAGUUUUAUUCCAAUUAUUUGGAAUACAAAGUUUCAUUUAUGAUUUAAAGAUAGCAUGAAAAAUGAAAAAAAAUACUAUGCCCGAAAGAUUGAAUCCACGUAUUUGAAUUGAAACACCCAUCAUAUGAAGUUCUAAUGCACUGAAGAAGUGCAUUAGUGGGUUCUAAUCAUGUAAAUUAUUUAUCCCACAGUAAGUUUAUAUAAAUAGACUUUUGCUAUAUAUUUCUAAGGAAUUACGUGGAAAUAUUACUUCCAACUGUCUGCUAUUGAUUAUGUUAGUAAACACGUUGUAAAUAUUUGCUCAGCUAGUUUCUUUCAUAUGUAAGAUCGGUUGGGAAUAUUAUGCACAGGAUAGCUCAGGCCGUUAUGUGCAGAAGCUCGCAGGCAACGGCUACGUGCAGCCUGGUGUACAUAAUAAACGUUUUCUUUUCUUCGUUGGUUUAAUCGACGAGCAUGGUUCAAACUUAGCUCUUCGUGUCAGCCUCGCGCCGCUAUAUUGCCUCGUCAAGCACGAAUUCCGAUGAUGCGCAAAAUGUUAUUAAAGUAACUACGACUGACGAGCGAAACGAAAUUCCACGGUCGAUGAACUAUCUGACACGUAAUCCUACGUGUUAUGAAAACUGCUUGUUUUCGUAAUUCCUUGUUAUAAAUAGGCACGCAAGAAUAGACAGAGAAAGAAAGAGAGAGAGAUAUUUGAAAUUACCAUUAUUCCAUCGUUUACGUGAUAAUGAAAAAAUUCACUUUUUCGUAUUUUUGUAUUUUCAGAGAGAUCACCGACAUCAGUGAAUCCACCGAGAAGACUGGUAGCAAACGGUCGUGGUAGUCAACAGAAUCGUGUCAAUAGUUUCGACACGAAGAAGAACUGUGUAGAAAUUUCGCCCAUCAAUCUCGAUCGCGAAACUAAGGAGCACAAUAACAGCUAUGUGAUGACAAGAGCGUCCUUAGAGACGCGUGAUCAGGCCGCACAAACCGACAUACCUUACGAUUCAUUUUAUGUAGAACGGGCAGAACAAAUUGUACAAGCCCUUUCUGUCACUGUACAAUAUUUGGCCUACGAGUUGGACGCCUUUUCUACUCCAAAACUAAAGAAAGAUUACGCAAACAUGAAAAAGGAAUGGAUGUCUUUGUGCACAAAGGUAGAGGAAUUGAGAGCUAGAAACCUCGGCAUUGAAGAUAGACUCGAGUCGGAGAGGGAGAAUCAUCGAAAAGCCUUGGACCAGCUUCGUGAAGAUCUGGAAGCUCGAUACUCGGAGCAAAUUGCCACGUUGGAGGCAGCCCUGCAGGAGGAGAGGCGCAAAUGCGAGGUCAGGCUGCGUGAUUCUCUGAACGAGGCCGCAAAGGAGCAUCGAGCCGCAGUCACGAAAUUACGAGCUGAGCAAGAAGCAGAGCUUAUACGAAGAGAAACGGAGAUCAAGAGAAGAUCUGUUGUUCAUGAUCAGGGGGCUGCGCUCACCGCGGAAGUCGAGUCUUUAAGAUCGGUACUGGAAAUUCGAAGCCAAGAAAACGCUACUUUGAGAUCGGACCUUGAUAACAUUAAACGAGAGAUCGAGGAUAAGGAAGCUUUGCAGCAACGUGUAGACACACUCGAGGCCAGAUGCGAAGAUCUAAAGGCGCAGCUUCAGUGCAAAGAAACUUUGGAGAGGCAAAUAUCUCACGACAACGAGGUGCUGCACGAAUCCAUUCACCAAGUGUCCAAGCAGAAUAAGCGUUUGGCACAGCGUAACGAGGAACUGCAAUGGAGACUGCGUCAAAAAAACGAAGUAGUGACCGUUCUUGCGAACCUGACGCCUAGGCUUUCCCGUUCUUUAGGCCCGGAGCACGUCGAACAUAGUCUUUCACCCGACAAGAACGGUCCACAGUCUUCAUCCAUGGUUAAGUUUAUGGUGGAGAAAGGCGAUUCGGUUUCAUGGACGUUAGAAAUCGAUGAUGAAUUUUCAAAAGGUGCAUCGGAUACGUCGUCAUUAGCAACGCCACCUAAAAUGGGUAGAUCGGAAACAACGACAGCAGUGUCGAGACAGGGAUCACUCCGAUUGACAUCCAGAAGACCUUCCGUAGACAUGAGAGCAAGGUCGAAAAGCAUUUCUAUUACGGAUUCCGCACAAGUAGAUGAUUCCCAUUGGGCGCCUACGUUUAAUUCUACGCCGAAUACUCGACGAAGACCCAGAAGCGAUCCGUCUUCUUCUGCCUCGUCUACUUCUUCAUCGUCAUCUUCUUCCGCGACAGCAGUAACCACGAAUUCUGCAAUGGCCGUUGCUGUUGCAGCCGCGGCUGCAGCUGCCGCAGCCGCCGAAGAUUGUGGCGCAGGACAAAGGCCUCAAGAAGCUGGUGGCGAAGCAAUGAUUUCAGAAGAGACAUCCGCCACGAGUAGCGAGGACGAAUCGUCCACGAGUAGCGAUAUUCCUCCAUUGCCGAUACAAUUCUCCUGGGGUAAACCAAUCAAGUAA